AUGCUAAAACACUUAUUCAAGCGGCAAACAUCAAAGGAAAUGCGGGAAAAACCGAAGGUUUUGGUUGAAAAGUUUGAAAAUAUAAAAAUCGUUGAAGAAAAAAUAGCAAAUGCUACUGGAAAUGAUGAAGCUCGUAGUAAAUUUGAUCAUUUUGAUGAUUCAGUGGAAGAACAUCGUGUAUUUAAUGGUUCUGCUGAUUCAAUGGUAAGUUAUAGUGUUUUUAAUAAAAAUUGAUUUAUUUUAAGUUUUAAAAUGACGUUUUUUGUUUUGAGUAUUAUUAGGUUGUUCAAAAAGUUAUGAGCCGUCUUGUAGCAAAUUUAUUAUACGUUUCUUUCAUAUAUCGUCUUUUCCUCAACUUAUUAUACGUAUCUUCCUUGUAAUGUAAUGUUAUUUCAGGCUCAAAGCUCAUCUGCUGCUCCUUCAGAAGUCGAAAAUCAUAAUAACAAUCAAGAGAACCUUCCACAAUUAAAAUGGCACCGAGAUUCUUAUAGUCCGUCACACAGCCCUAGGAUAAAUGAAAUAAAGGAAGAGCAUUACCCUCUGGUUCAUCCAAUGCAUCUAAAACAAUUUGCUCACAAAACUGAAGUUAAAUUUGAUCAUCCUAUCGAUUAUUUGAUCAACUGGCACGAUACUCAUGAUUGUUGUGGCAUGGUUAAGUCUGAAGAUGACUUGGAUGAUAAAGUGCCUAUUGUCAUUAGACUUGGAGGGUAUUGGUGUGAUAAGGCUGUUAGGACGUUGUAUGUUGGAUGCACGGUACGUGUGAAGUCGUUCUACAGAGUUGGAGCUUUGGGAAACAAUCGAGAAGAGGCUGAGAUUGUGUCGAGUCCAAGCUGCAUUUCUAAAAUUAUGUUUUCAGGUAAUUUAUUGUUUUAGCUAAAAAUCGAAUUCAAAAGCUAUAUUUUUAUUGUAACAGAUUCUACUAUUCUUUUAUCAAUGCAACGAUUUCUGUAAUACUUAUAGCAAAUACAACUUUUCAUAUAACAUUUUAGGCAUUCCAGCUCCGACUGGAUUUGCGGCCGAAUGGGCAGUAAUCCAUAAGCCUAAAAUUACUCGCACAUUGGGCAUGGUAACUGAAGACAUGUCAUUGGAAAACAAGGCUGGAACUAUAUUGAAUGGCUUGGUCAGAGAUUACGAAUUCAACGAAGAAUUAAUGGUUUGUCAUGAAAAAUGGCCAAUUCCACAAAUUAAAAAAGUACCAGAGUAUGGGCGGACUGUGGUCAUCAAUUAUGUUGAGGUAGGUUGGGAUCUGCGGUGGAAAAAAAAUUUGUUGAGUUAAAUAUUUUUUUUAGAACUUCCAUUUUUUUAAAGUAUUUUCUUAUUUUCAAAUUUUUUGACAUUUUUAACCCCAAAAGCAUCCUUUUUAACCCUAUUUUACCCCUUUCAACCCAAUAAUCAGCCCCAAAAGGAAAGGGAAAGAAAAGGAAAGAGGGGGAGUCGUGUACGCCCAUAGCCCGUUGAACGCACGUCAUCCCGUCCGAUCUGGCAAGUUAAGCAACGGUGCGCUUGAUUAGUACUUGGAUCGGAGACGUCCUUGGAAUCUCAAGUGGCGUACGCAUCUUUUGCACGUUUGACUGUGUAUAUUUCCAAUUUUUUGCUAAAUUAUAUUUUUCGUUAUUUUUUUGGGUAAAACGACAUGACUUUGUUAAGUUUUCGGUAUCCUUUUUUUCAAAAAACUUCGAAAAAUUGUUUGAAAUAAAAUUUUUAGAUAGACGAGCCCCAUUCCGUGUAUCAAUGCAGAGACAAAGGAUUAUUAAUGCCCGCCUAUAUGGGUGGUUAUAACGAUGCCAAUUAUCAUGACAAUACUCAAUUUUUUGCUUGGAUUGAUCUUACUAUGGAACCUAGACAGUUCGAUAGUUGUUAA